GCUUUCCAGUAUAAAAAACCACCGCCAGCAGGAAUUAGAUCAAUUCGCCCGGAGGGUUCAGAGAGUCUGGGUCUUUUGUGCUGCCGGAUCAACAGCUGGACAUGGCAGAGGGAGACUUCUACACGAUGGGAAGCCGGCAGCGGAUUCCCAGGGAUCCUUUCGCGGAACCGUCGUUCAGAGACCAGUCUCCGUUCAGGGAUCAGCUCGCAUCUCGCUUUAUGGACGAUGACUUUGGCAUGUCCCCUUUCCCCGAUGAUAUCUCUAUGGACUGGCCAGGGUGGGCCCGGCCGGGCCGGCUAAGCACGCGCCUCAGCACCUCGCCUUUCACCAGCAGUUUACGCACAGGUUUCCCCCCGCGCCAGUCCACGGGCGGGCCCACGUUGUACACCAGCAGAUACAAUGAACCCUCCCGGAGCUCGCCCACGACCACCGGGGGGGAGCCCUGGAAAGUUUGCGUGAACGUCCACAGCUUCAAACCAGAGGAAUUACACGUCAAAACGAAAGACGGCUUUGUAGAAGUGUCAGGAAAACAUGAAGAGAAGCAAGAAGAAGGAGGCAUCGUGACCAAGAAUUUCACAAAGAAGAUACAGAUCCCAAUAGAUGUGGACCCUCUGACAGUCUUUGCCUCCUUGUCCCCCGAGGGCGUCCUGAUCAUCGAGGCUCGGCAGACCCCUCCCUAUUACCUCUUCAGCAACGAGGGCUCCCCGGGCGGAGAGAUGCAUGAGGCCGAGACCCCCAAGCCCCAGGAGGCUCCCAUGGUCUAGCCCCGGCACCGCCACGAAAGCAAGAGCGUCCAGCGUGGUCGAGACAGGGGUUGACAGAAAAACCUGUGGCCUUAAGCUUCAUAUUGGUAGACAUCUGGCAUUGAAAGUGUAAAACAUACUGCAGUAGAUAGGUAUUUCCCAUUGAAUUUUCACAUUAAAGCUGCACUAGGCAAGAUGUUUUUUUAUGUAAAAGUCUUUUUAAUCAGCCGAAAUCACAAAAAAGUGCAAGAGGAGAGCAUCCCCGACCCAACGGAGAAGCCAUAGAGUCGCUCAGUUUGUCCAAAUGAAAUUCUGGUGCGAGGUGUGUACAUUUCUCUGUUUUUGAGCCAAAGAAAGCUGGACUUGCAGUUAAAUCUUUUAUCUCUUUGGUUAUGAAGCAUCACAGACCAGCUGGUUUGGUAAACAUGAGUGUGCUGUGUGCAGUUUAGUGACGUCACAUGAUAUGAUUGGGUAAUAACGUUCAUAUUUCUCAUGCAGCGAUCUCUGCAGGAAAAGGCCACCAGUGUGUGAAAAUGUCUAGUGCAGCUUUAAUUCUAUAUAUAGGUGUAUCCUGAGGUAAUGCAAGAGCUGGUGCACCACAGAUACAUUAAAAGUCACCAUAUUCUCAAUAACGCACUGGUAUGACUGUUAUGAUAUGUACUUUUGCUAAUUGAAUUUAUAUAAUCAUGCAAGUAAUUUAAUGGAAAAUUAUUUAAAAUAAAAUUUCACCAACUUAAAAAUAACUCUAUGAUGUCUUUGGUAUUCUGAUUUUUAAAAGGAACAAUUUUCACAAAUGUAGUGCCUUUAUUUCUUUCAUUACUAUAGUUGUUUAAUUUCUGAAUUAAUGAAUGUCAUUAAAAUCGACAAAAAAUUCAAAACAAGUCUCCCUUUGUGGCUUCAGUUACGAGAAGGAGUCCUGCGUGCAUUGAUGCUGUAUUCUACCAAAGUGUAUUGUAAAUAAUAUGAUGAUAUGUUCGAAUUCAAAUCAUAAUCUAAAGUGCAGCAAUAUUGUUUUGCAUUUAUUUUAUUUUAUUUUUUUUUCUAUUUGGGCAUGUAGCACAGUGGCGGUGUGGUUUUGGAGCAGAGGGACUGACUUAUUUGCCAAAACUUUUGUUUCCUGCCUUCUUUCCUGAUGUCUUUGUAUUGGUUGAUGCAAUAAAAAUGUCCAGCCAA